AAUUCUUACCAAAAUCUUAUGAAUUCUUAUAAAAUAAUUAUAUAAUCUAUCUUACCGAAUUCUUAUCAGAAUCUUAUAAGAUUCUUAUAUUCCUUCUUAUAAGAAUCUUAUCAAUAAAUUACGCAUUGCCAUCGACUGCCUUAUAUAAGAUUCUUAUAAGAUUCUUAUAAGAUUUCUAUAGAAUUGCUGUAAGAUCGGUCGACUAGGGCAGCUGUCCAACCUCGAUUUCUUUCAAAACAUACGUCAAUCGAUAUCCUAUAUCGAGAUAGUAGAAAAGCCUAAAAGGAUUUAUUCCCAUGACUCUUGAAGACCCAAUUUUAUGAAAAACUGGUUUUCCAGAAACUCUAAACAAAUAACCAAAACAUUUCUUAAUAAGGCAUGAUUGUAGCCCGGAAAUGUUUGGCUAAAAUAAGAUAUCUAUCAGCUCUACUCGACCUUUCUUUGCAAAGUUAUAGAAUUUACAAGAGAAGCCCUAAGUGUUCAUUGUCAGCUCAAAGCUACAGAAAUAAGACGAAAUCAAUUUAGGGCUUUUCUUGUAAAUUCUAUAACUUUGCAAAGAAAGGUCGUGUAAAGCUGGAAGAUGUCUCAUUUCAACCAGAAAUUCCCGGGCUACAAUUAUGCCUUAUUAAGAAACGUUUUGAUUAUUUGUUUAGAGUUUCUGGAAAACCGGGCGUUCAACGGCCAUGAGGAUAAAUCCUUUUAGGCUUUUUACUCUCUCAAUAUAGGCAUCGACUGAUGUAUGUUUGAAAAAAGUCGGUGUCGGGCAGCUGGGAAUGUUCCGGCGUAAGUAGAAGAACAAAUAUCUUCAUUCCGAAAUAGUUACUGCAAGAAUGUUUAGACAUUCAUUGCUAGUACAUUUUGGGGGAGAGCGGUCAAAACUUUUUUUCUUGGAAAAACGAGAAUGGUCAUUUUGUGUUUAGUGCUCAUACCCUAUCAUUUUGUGAAUUAUAAGCUCCGUUAAUAUCAAACAUUUUGUCAGCUGAAAACAAUACUCUUAAUAUUUGAUCUUCACGAAAAUUGUAUUGAACCUAUUAUAUAAAUCUUUUCUAUUAAUUUUGUAUAUUGAUUGUCAAAUAGGCAAUGUUCAUUCUAUUAUUGUUUUGUACAGUGCCCAUUCGAAAUCAUUUUACACUUACGGUCAGUUGUUACAAAAAUUUACUCUAUCAUUUAAAUCACACAAUAUUUUGGUUGGACUGUGAUGCUUGUCAUGCGGGGAUAGUACCAGUUUUUGAUCUUUAAUUCUCAUUUUUAGCAACAUUUAUCUAAGCUGAAACAAAAGAUUCAAAUGCGCCACCACUUUGUAUAGAAUUGAAACGGCUAUCGCUUGGAAAAUAGAUUGAGGUCCUGAAAUUAAAGGCGAACAAGUUAUAGUCAAAAUACUGAGAGCACCAUUCCUUAUGGCCCAUCCGUUACUAUCUCUCUUAAAGAAAUACCGUCCUAUUUGUUUUGGUGGUCAAAAUAGUGGUUCUAUUGCUAUAUAUUCUGCAUACGCUUCAAGCUGAAAAUAAGAACCGUCAUUACAAAUGUAUAACAAAGUUUCAGCAUAUUCGUUUCACGGAAUUUUAUGUUUAACUUUAAAGUUUGAAUUUUUGUCAGAAAGUUAAUCCUGAGAUAACAGCCAGCAAACUGUCUUCUUUUUGAAGGAGUAAUGUUUGUACGGAUACGAAGAGUUUUGUAGUGUUUGGAAAAACUUUAAGAACUCAGAAAAUAUGAGAUUUUCACGACCUUUUUUCUUGUCCUAGAAACAGCGGCUAAUAUUUUUCGAUAGUAAUGUAUUGCUAAGUAUACUGCAGUCUGCAAAAUAAGACAUUCAUCCACUCUCCACACUCUUCCCCACUUUAUAUGUAUUUGUUCUUUAUUAACCGCCAUUAAUCCACGUAUCUUUUAUUAACCGAUUUUAAAUAGUUAGACCAGAUUGUAGAACAUUAAUUCAUUUUAACUGAAAGAAACAUGAGAACACUAGGAUGCUCGGCAAGCUGAUUUUUAUUUUUUAUUUAUAUUAGUGGAAAAAGAUCUUUAGAUCAUCCAUUAAUAGGUAUGGGACGAACCGAGCGCUCGUCGCUCGAGCACAUUCUACACGAGCGCGCUCGUGCACUGCAAUAUAGUUUUUAUAGAAAUACAUUUUUUUGUUUACAUAACAAGUGAACAGCUAUUUACACAGCAAGUAAACAAUUACUUAAACAUUUUUUUUCUGUGAGAGAACUUAUUUAAAUUAGGAAUGAUAUGCGAGCGCUCGGAUACGGAGCGUGAUUCGUAAAUCAGUCGCUCGAGCAACAAGCGCGCUCGAGCGCCCGCUUGAUACGUCCCAUACCCAAAAAUUAACUCCUGUCGAUGGUCUGACAAAAAUUUAUGGCAGAAAAAUGUCGAAUUAGAGAGAUCUCAAUUAGAAAGUUGAAAAGAAAGGAAACUUUGAAUCACAUAUCCAGGAAAGAAGGUAAAGCGCGUAAGUAGAGAAAGUGGAACAGAACAGAAGAGAUUGAGUCCCAAAAAAGGGUCUUUUUAUCUGGACAUUCUUAAUAGUUGGUCUCAAAUGGAAAACAAAAGUAAAGAGAGUAAACUUUCCUUUCACAUAAGAGUUAUAAAGAAUGUUCCGUUUACUUUUGUAGGUGCUAAGUAUUUUAGAAAAUGUUCGACAGCCAUGUGUCAACGGAAUUGUUAUUGAUUGGCAUAAUGAUCAACUAGCUGAAAGUAAUAACUUCCAGUUUCUCCAAGCACCAUCCAACAUUCAUUCGUUAUUUAAUGGCAUGCGUUUAACAGUUUAUGGUUUUAUUAAUGAUAGUUACAAGACAACAUUAAAAGCAAAUGUAAAUGGGCAUGAAUUUAUCACAACUAUUUUUGCAAAUAAAAUGACCGAAACAACUGGGAAAAUUCUACAUUGUUUAACAGCACGUGCUAUAAUCGAUGAUUGGGAAAAUGGUCUGUUAAGUAUGGAUGAUACAGUUAAUGAAUUAAUAAAAUCUCAAUAUAAGCAGCAUAUUAUCGACUUAAGUACGAAAUAUUCAAUUGUUAGUCCAUUCACAAGUUUUGUGGCAAUCGAAGAACGACAUAAAGAAGAUAAAAAUAUACAGCAAGGUGUUAGUCUAUUAAAUGUAAUGGUUGACAAAGAUAUCGAUUUACUACCGUGUAUUGGAUGGGAUGGAGAAAACUCACAGUUAGAAUCAAUGAAAGAAAAAAUUAUCAAUCUUAAGAAAUCAAUUGAAUCUGCAUCAAUACAAAGCAAAAUUCAGUCAUGUUUAGAUCUAAUAUCAUUAUGUAAAAACGUUUCAUAUCGUCAAUGUCAAGAAAAAUUUGAUGCAAUGCAAACAUUAAUUGAAACAUAUUAUUAUUCAUUAAAAGAUCAAGAAACAGCUGUAAUACUCAUAAAGCAAAUGAAAAUUGAUGUUAAAGUUGAAAUGGAUAAUUCAAUAUAUGAAGAACGAACAAUAAUUGAAAAUCGUAUGAAUUCAAUUGAAUAUAUGUGUAAUAAAAUAUUACAAAGUGAGGAGGAGUUACUUCAAGAAAAAUUGACAUUAGCAGAACCAGGCACUUCUGAUGGAGAAGAGCAUGUCGCUUCAUUAAUCAAAGUAAGGAUGAUGAUCUAA